UAAUUGAACUGUCAAAAUUGCGGAACGCUUUUCCCUGUUCGUUAAUAUAUGAUUCGUGAUUUUUUAACAAAUGAAGUAAUCACUUGGCAACAUGUAGUUUAUUGCUCUUUCAGUUGUUACCGGCAAAGUAAGAAAAGUAUAUCACAAUGUCACUGUGGCUGGUGUAACAUGUAAAGAUUUAAGAAGUAGUUCCUGAAUUUGGAGGUUAGAAAUUGAGCGCAAAUGCAACAAUGUUGACGUUUGAACCAGACCCUUCUCACUAUCAGUCCUGUGGUGCGUUAGCAACAUGUUGUGAAGGUGCAGGAUCUGUGCAUCUUGCACGUCAUCUUCCAUCAGGAAACCUUGUGGCCCUUAAGAAGUUCAACAUGGAAAGAGCAGGAGAUGAUGCAGCUCUUGUGCAACAUGAAGUUCGACUAACUCGGCAACUCCGGCACCCUCAUGUGCUUGGCCUGCAUGCAGCAUUUGUUGCGGGGCCUCAUGUUGUAGCUGUUCUGCCCCUCAUGGCCUUUGGGUCUUGUCGGGACCUUCUUAAUGCUCAUUUUGCAAAUGGAUUGCCUGAGGCAGCAGUGGCCUGUGUUUUGAGUGAUGCCCUUUUAGGACUGGAAUACAUACAUCGCAGAGGUAUAGUGCAUAGAGCUGUAAGAGCCAGCCACAUUUUGGUGUCCGGUAGUGGUAGAGCUUGUCUUAGUGGACUACGCUACUCUUGCCCUCUGGUGGAAAACGGAAGGUGGCAGAAAGCAUUGCAUUCCUUCCCACAGUCUACUGCUCGCAAUCUUAAUUGGCUCAGUCCUGAGAACUUACAAGGAUACAAUGAAAAGUCUGAUGUAUACAGUUUGGGAGUAACAGCAUGUGAGCUUGCCAAUGGUGCUAUACCUUUUGCAGAUAUGCCCACAACAUUAAUGUUAACUGAAAAAGUUCGUGGUUGUUGUCCGCAAUUACUUGAUUGUUCAACUGUCGCAGAAUGUGAUGAUGAUGGCCCAGGAACGAAUGAAGGCAAUGGUGGUAGUGGCAGUGAUGCUGGCCUACUGCAUCAUGGAGCAGAUGAUUUAGCCUCCAUGCUGGCAGCAGAGCGAUUAUCAGAACUUGACAUGGAACCCGAUCAGUGGGAUUUUUGACAAUUAGUGGCCCACCUGAAAAUGGAUGUCUUGUUUCCUCAUAAAGAACUCGGUGUGAUAUGCAAACUCAAAUUUUUACUAAUCCUAACUGGACGUAAAUAUAUACUACUGUUAUAAAGUGUAAAUAUGCAGUAAUUCUGUGAACAUUGUUUAUUGCGAUAACUUUAUUAUAUUAAAGGAAAUUACUGACAAUAAAAUGGUCAUCUAAUUUUUGUUUGCAAAUGCUGUUUAAUUGUAGUUUUCAAAUGGUUGAUGAUCAUGUAUGAGAAACCCGUCCUAAUAAAUCUAAUACAAACAGACCUUAAAGAUUUGUACUUCUUUCUAUUAUAUUUGUGUCGGAGGAUAUGUUUUAUGUAGCUGUUAUUUCACUUGGUACAAAAAUUGUAGAGCUGUUUGGGAUUGUCUUUCUAUUGUGAAAUUUUUAUCAAGUCAUUCUUAAAUCAUGUUUUAGUAAUAAAGUGAAUGGCUGUAAUUUAAUGUCUUCAUUGUUUAUAUAGAAUUAUAACUCCUAAACAAACAAAAAGAGGACUAUUUUUUCAAUAUACAAGACAGGCUGUGCUAUGCCAAAGAAAUAUUUUUCAAGUGAUUAACAAGAUAAAUUAGAAAUAAAAUAUAUGGUGCUUAAUUUGUAUAAUUAAGUGUCAGAAAUGCAUAAAAGCACUUUAUCCUGUGAACGUACUUGAAUUUUAUAGGGUUGUAAUAGUAAUCCUAAUCAACCUUCAAAAAUUUCCAUUUGACUUUCCCAAAAUAUCCCGUUUUACUUUCUGUUUCGUGUUAACUGUUUUGAGCUGAAACAAAGAAAAAAGAACUGGCAUAUCACAUCCUAUGAUGUAGAAGGAGAAUGCCUGACAAAAAAUUUCCGUUUCUCUCUGGAUUCGCUAGAUGCAUUAGGUGCUGCAAUUGGACUACAUGUACAAAUUGAAAGAAAAAAAGGAAACUGGUCAAAACCUGCCUCCUCCUCCUCCUCCUCCUCUUCACCAUUUCAAGUUUUAAACAUAGAAUGUACUAAUACUGUUAAAUUUUAUGUAGAUGCUGAGAGAAUUGAUAUCGUGUAUUGUUUUUUAUUAUUACUGUUGUUAUUAUUAUUAUUAUUAUUAUUAUUAUUAUUAUUAUUAUUAUUAUUAUUAUAAGUAGUAGCAGUAAAAUGACAAUAACAUUUUUAAAUGUUAAAUUAUCUGAUACUAAAA